AUGGCCCUCGAGCGAAUUGGUUCCAUUGUGAAGCACCUGGCCCCAGGUAGCGCCAUCAACCAAAUUCAAUCCAAGAACCCCGACGACAUCGUCAUCACAUUAGCCAUUCGAACUCCUUUGACCAAGGCCAAGAAGGGUGGUUUCAAGGAUACCAGCCUUGAGUACAUGGUCUAUGCCUUACUCAAGGAGGUUCGCGAGCGAUCCAAGAUUGACCCUGCCUUGGUAGAGGAUGUGUGCAUGGGAAAUGUCUCCGAUGGCAAGGCCGCAUACAAGCUUCGCGCCGCCGCCCUCGCUGCAGGCUUCCCCAACACCGCCGGCGCCUCUGCCGUGAACCGAUUUUGCUCCUCUGGCCUUCUGGCCACCGCCGAUAUCGCCAAUUCUAUUGCCAGCGGCUCGAUCGAGGUCGGUAUCGCCCUCGGCGCCGAGAGCAUGAGCGUCGGCGGCGAUGCCCUUGACAAGCCCUUCGACGAGGACGUCGUUAGCCAAUCGCAGGAGUCUGCCGACUGCAUGCAGCCCAUGGGUUGGACCUCGGAGAACGUGUCGCGCGACUUCAACAUUAGCCGUGACGAGAUGGACAAGUAUGCAGCUGAAAGUUUCCAGAGGGCCGAGAGGGCACAGAAUGCUGGUCUGUUUGACGACGAGAUUGUGCCCAUCAAGACCAAGAUUGUUGGACCGGACGGAGAGAAGAAGGAGGUCACACUUACCAAGGACGAGGGUAUCCGACCUGGUACCACUGCCGAGAGCCUGGGCAAGAUUCGCGCUGCGUUCCCUCAAUGGGGUCCUACCAGCACGGGAGGCAACUCCAGCCAGGUUACCGAUGGAGCCGCCGCUGUUCUGCUCAUGAAGCGUUCUACCGCCGUCAAGCUCGGCCAGCCCAUCCUGGCCAAGUACGUUGGCUCCACCGUCGCCGGCCUGGCACCCCGCAUCAUGGGUAUCGGCCCGUCUGUCGCCAUUCCCAAGCUCUUGGCGCAGUACAACCUGUCCCUGGCCGACAUUGACGUUGUCGAGAUCAACGAGGCUUUCUCCAGCAUGGCCGUCUACUGCCGUGACAAGCUCGGCGUUGACUGGGCCAAGAUGAACCCCCGCGGCGGUGCCGUCGCUCUGGGUCACCCUCUCGGCGCCACGGGCGCAAGACAGAUCGUUACCGGUUUGAGUGAGCUCCGCAGAACGAAGAAGAAGAUUCUUUUGACUAGCAUGUGCAUUGGUACAGGCCAGGGAAUGGCAGGACUUUUCGUCAACGAGGUGGUGUAA